UCCCGCAGCCUGCAGGGGAGGCAGCGUGGCGCAUGCGCAGUGCGGCGGUGGGGAUUUCCAGCGGAACAUGAAGCAUUGGACAUGGUGUUUUUAAUGUGCGCUCCUCUCUGCAAACCCUGACCUUCAACCUACUGCGGGGGAAAGCUUGGCAGUAAGGGCUUAAUAAGGUGAGGACUCUCCAUCCAGCACCCAAAUCCCAAAACCUUCUCAUGUCCCGUUGAGGUGUUUUGGCUAAUGAGGAACCCAGAGAUGCCCAUUACAGCAUGAAAGAGCCCCGGGGAAGGCGUACGCCCGAAUUAAACCAAGCACAUCUUCACUUUCAUUAUUGCAUAUCGCUCUUUUGGAGGAUGAUCGCAGCUUGCUGAUUUUCCCCACCACACUGCACCGUUGUCCCAGGUCUUCCGGUGUCUAGUGGAAGAGAGGACUUGAGAUGGCAAGAGGUCCCGUUUAAAGAAACUCCUGGAUUGUAGGAUAAGAGGUUGCAUGCUACGCAGCCCACUGCCACCAAUGGAUGCCAAGUUGCGAGAAGAUCUAUUCCGCAGGUAUGUGGCGUCUUUGGAGAAUCGGCUUGAGGAGGGAGCCGGUGAAGGAGGAGGAGGAGCCAAGACCGAGGAGGCACUGAUUUCUACUGCAACAGCACUGCUUGGCUCAUACCAGCCCGAUCCAGGGCAGCGCUUUCGCAUGGUUCGAUUCUAUGAAAUGGCUGAGAACUCCCUGAGGACUCAGAGAAGCGCAAACUUGCGGACAUUGGAGACGGCCUUUGCGACGCUGGAAACCAUCUGUUCCAACUUGCUGCUCUUUCCUUGGAAGAAAGAGUUCCGUUGCAUAAAGACCUUCACGGGGCCGUAUGUGUACCAACUGCAGUCGGUGAUAUGCGACGCAGACUUGCGUUCGCUGCUGCGUACCAUGGGCUAUUCAAGAGACCAGGAAUUGCAGUACCACGUUAGGGACCAUCCUGGUGGAGCCUCCCACCUCCGGCAGCUCGCCUUCGAACUGCUCCUCGCCCAGGCUGAAUGCCGUCUGCUCGGCGAGGUGGUGUCCAUGUCUCGGGGCUUUGCCUCGGAGCUGGAGGCCAUGGAGGUGAGGAGGAACACCAGAGAAGAUGCGGCAGGGUGCGCCGACGCCCUCCGCCGACGAGACAGCCUUACAGGAGACUUGUCCCGCCUGUCGGUGCGGCCGGUGGAUAUUGACCGCGCCCACCUAAGGCGAAGCGGUCGGCCGUCCAAGUCGGUGGAUGUAACAGACAGCGCAGGACACUGGCACCAAGCCAGCAAGCCAGUGCUGAAGGCCUCGCUCAGCCUGCGCAAAGAGCCACUGUUCGUCGACACGGAAGAAGACUUGAAGGAUGAAAUCAUCCGACCGAGCCCUUCUCUUUACCCUGUGGCAGCGCCGCCCUCUUACAGCCCAGUGGCUGACUUCUUCCCGAUUCAGUCGCCCCUGUCUGAGCCAUACUCCUACCACUUGUCCUCCCUGGAUGAGGUGGACUUGUAG